AUGGCUUCAUCGCGGACGCUGCGCGUGGCAGCAGCCCAGAUGGGCGCUACCCAUUACACCGACUCUCGAAACAAGACAUUAGACCGCAUGAUUUCACUCCUCGAAGCGGCGGCCGUGAAAGGGGCACAAGUCGUCCUCUUCCCCGAAGCCGCGUUCACGACCUUCUUUCCCCGGCAUCUCAUCAACGACCCCGUCGAGCUCGACUCUUUCUUUGAGCACGGCGACAUCGUCACGCAACCACAGACCAAGCCUCUCUUCGACAAGGCCAACCAGCUCGGCGUAGACAUCUCGGCCGGCUUCGCCGAGAAGGCAGACGAUGGACAGACCUUCAACUCCUGCAUCUACUACCACGCCAAGAGCGGCUCAAUCCUGUCAAAGUACCGCAAGAUCCAUCUCCCGGGAGACUUCGAGCCCUUCGCGGACCCCGACGCCACGAACCAGCUGGAGAAGCGGUACUUCAAGCCGGGCGAUCUCGGUUUCAACGCGUUCCGCGUGCCGGAUCUCGUGGCUCCCAGCCCCGAGCGAGGAGACCCCAUUUUCGGCAUGAUGAUUUGCAACGACAGGAGGUGGGCAGAGAGCUGGCGCGUACUCGGCCUGCAGGGCGUGGAGGUCGUGCUCUGUGGCUACAACACGGCAGGCUUUGCGCCUCAUCUCUGGGGAUCGAGCGCCGAUAUGGACCCGGAAGAGGCGCGCAAGAAAGCGAUGUUCCACCACAAGCUGGUGAUGCAGGCUCAUAGCUACACGAACGCUUGCUUCAGUGUAAGUGCAGCGCGGUGCGGCUUGGAUGAUGGGAAGUACGACCUCAUCGGCGGAAGCUGCAUCACAGGGCCAGAGGGUGAGAUCGUCGCCGAGGCAUCCACCACCGAUGACGAGGUUGUCUACGCCGAGAUCAACCUCGACGAGUGCCGGCCCGGCAAGGAGCGCACCUUUGACUUUGCUAGACACCGCCGGGUGGAGCACUACGGCCGGAUAACGGAGCAGACUGGGGUUGUUGAGCCGCCUAAGCUGGCGGCUCCGGGAGCUGCUGCGGUGAACGGUGUGAACGGGACGGCUUCGAAGGAGAAGAAGAUUCGCGUUCUCCUCAUCAACCCAAACAGCACGCGAGCAAUGACGGACGCUUGUGUUUCCAUGGUCGAGAGCCAGCUGCCCUCGGACGUGAUCGUCACGGGCUUCACCGCACCCCGACCGGCACCUUCAGCGAUUGAGGGGAGCUUUGAUAAUGUCAUGUCGGCCGCCGCCGCCGCCAGGGCUGUCCUCCCUCUCGCAGCGACACACGAUGCAGUGCUUGUGGCCUGCUACUCCGACCAUGCCCUGAUUCGCAUGCUCCGAGAGGAGCUGCCGCGACAGCCUGUGAUUGGUAUAAUGGAGGCCUCGCUGUUCGCGGCCCGAACCUUGGGCGGCCGGUUCGGCCUCAUCGCGGUGAGCGAGCGUUCCCGAGUUCUGCACGAAGACAGCAUUCACCACUAUGGAUUCUCAACGUCCUGUGCCGGUGUCAUCUCCUGCAAGCUUGGCGUCCUAGAUCUGCACGAGAAGAGCCAGGACGAGGUCAUGGGCAUCAUGGCAUCUGUUGGCAAGCGCCUCGUUGAGGAGAAAGGAGCGGACACGCUGCUGCUUGGAUGCGCGGGGAUGACGCCGUUGAAGGGAGCGGUCGAAGCGGCCGUUGGCGAUGAAGUACAGGUCAUCGACGGCGUGUUGGCCGGCGUACAUCAUCUGGUGGGUAUGGUGAGAAUGGGAGGCGCGACCGCAAAAAGGGGCGUUUACAAAAGCUCCGCUGCCGGUCGCAAGGCAAGGGGUCAGGACUGGAUAUGA